AUGAAGGCCUCACUGUUCUCUCUUUUCACUAUUCUCGCCGGCACGUCGAGCGCCCAGGUCCAGGGGAAGGCGUUCGGUUUUGCUGCGGGCACUACUGGAGGUGGCUCAGCCGCGCCUCAGAUUCCAUCGAGCAUUGCUCAACUCAAGGAAUGGCUCACCGACAGCACAGCGCGGACCAUCAUGAUCGACCGUACCUGGGACUUCCGCAAUACCGAGGGCACAACCAGCGGCAAAUGCUGCAGUGACAACCGGACGACCAAGUGUCCCGGCGGUACCUCCAAGGGCCAGGCCUGGAUCCAGGACACGUGCGAUGCUGCCAGCGGCACCUGGGUAGACUGCACAUAUGACAAUGCAGCCAAGACACCCAUUGACGUGGACAGCAACAAGAGCAUCGUCGGCGUCGGCACCAAGGGUGUCAUCAUUGGCAAGGGUCUGCGUGUCCGUGGAGGCAAGAGUAACGUCAUUAUCCAGAACAUCCAUAUCACCAACCUCAACCCGCAGUACGUCUGGGGCGGCGACGCCAUCACCCUCGAUGGUUCCGACAAGGUCUGGAUCGACCAUUGCAAGAUCUCCCUGAUCGGCCGCCAGUUCAUCGUGUCCGGCUGGGGCGCCGCUGGGAAGGUCACCAUAUCUAACACCGAGUUCGACGGCAAGUCGGAGUGGUCGGCCGGCUGCAACGGCAAGCACUACUGGACAGCCCUCCUGAUCGGCGCCAAGGACUACUACACCUUCUCGGGCAACUGGCUGCACGAUGUGUCUGGCCGCGCGCCGCACAUGGGCACCACAAACACGGCGGGCAGCGAGAACCUCUUCCACGGCGUCAACAACUACUUCCAGAACGUCGGCGGCCACGCCUUCGACAUCGACGGGAACACCUGGGUCCUGCUCGAGGGCAACUACUUCGACACCGUCACCACCCCCAUCACUCCGGCCAGCCUGACCAACGGUGGAAACAUCUACGUCGUCAACACCGUGGCCGAGGCAUCAGCCUGCACUUCCCCUCUGGGUUACAUCUGCGAGUGGAACCGUGCCCAGAACUCUGGUACCGUCAACACUCUCACCAGCUCUGCUGCACUCUCCAAGCUGGGCGGCUUCAAGUCCUCGCUCAUCGGCCACAUCGGCGUGGCAGAUGUCCCUGCAAAGGUCAAGGCCAAUGCUGGUGUUGGCCGGACGACCAGCACCAAUGCUUAG